UGUGCAAAUGGAAUAGACAAAAGGUGGAAAUUAUAGGCAAUUAGCAAGACACCCCCAAAAAAGGAGUGAUUCUGCAGGUGGUGACCACAGACCACUUCUCAGUUCCUAUGCUUCCUGGCUGAUGUUUUGGUCACUUUUGAAUGCUGGUGGUGCUCUCACUCUAGUGGUAGCAUGAGACGGAGUCUACAACCCACACAAGUGGCUGAGGUAGUGCAGUUCAUCCAGGAUGGCACAUCAAUGCGAGCUGUGGCAAAAAGGUUUGCUGUGUCUGUCAGCGUAGUGUCCAGAGUAUGGAGGCGCUACCAGGAGACAGGCCAGUACAUCAGGAGACGUGGAGGAGGCCGUAGGAGGGCAACAACCCAGCAGCAGGACCGCUACCUCCGCCUUUGUGCAAGGAGGUGCACUGCCAGCGCCCUGCAAAAUGACCUCCAGCAGGCCACAAAUGUGCAUGUGUCUGCUCAAACGGUCAGAAACAGACUCCAUGAGGGUGGUAUGAGGGCCCGACGUCCACAGGUGGGGGUUGUGCUUACAGCCCAACACCGUGCAGGACGUUUGGCAUUUGCCAGAGAACACCAAGAUUGGCAAAUUCGCCACUGGCGCCCUGUGCUCUUCACAGAUGAAAGCAGGUUCACACUGAGCACAUGAGCACAUGUGACAGACGUGACAGAGUCUGGAGUGGAGAACGUUCUGCUGCCUGCAACAUCCUCCAGCAUGACCGGUUUGGCGAUGGGUCAGUCAUGGUGUGCGGUGGCAUUUCUUUGUGGGGCCGCACAGCCCUCCAUGUGCUCGCCAGAGGUAGCCUGACUGCCAAUAGGUACCGAGAUGAGAUCCUCAGACCCCUUGUGAGACCAUAUGCAGACACAUGCACAUUUGUGGCCUGCUGGAGGUCAUUUUGCAGGGCUCUGGCAGUGCACCUCCUUGCACAAAGGCGGAGGUAGCGGUCCUGCUGCUGGGUUGUUGCCCUCCUACGGCCUCCUCCACGUCUCCUGAUGUACUGACCUGUCUCCUGGUAGCGCCUCCAUGCUCUGGACACUACGCUGACAGACACAGCAAACCUUUUUGCCACAGCUCGCAUUGAUGUGCCAUCUUGGAUGAACUGCACUACCUGAGCCACUUGUGUGGGUUGUAGACUUCGUCUCAUGCUACCACUAGAGUGAGAGCACCGCCAGCAUUCAAAAGUGACCAAAACAUCAGCCAGGAAGCAUAGGAACUGAGAAGUGGUCUGUGGUCACCACCUGCAGAAUCACUCCUUUUUUGGGGGUGUCUUGCUAAUUGCCUAUAAUUUCCACCUUUUGUCUAUUCCAUUUGCACAACAGCAUGUGAAAUGUAUUGUCAAUCAGUGUUGCUUCCUAAGUGGACAGUUUGAUUUCACAGAAGUGUGAUUGACUUGGAGUUACAUUAUGUUGUUUAAGUGUUCCCUUUAUUUUUUUGAGCAGUGUACUUAGUUGUGACUGUCCUGUUUAUGAAUAUAACAUUGAGGAAUUAUUUGGCUGUGUUUCAGAUAGUCUGGGGGUCUGUCUACUCUUAUUGAAGACAAUAAUAGUCUUCAAGACAUGUUUAGCGUACAAUUUGAAGGCUACAGAGAGGCUGGGAGCAUAACUGGGUCAGUUAUACUUCCUGAAUGCUCCCGACCCUUCCAACGGACAGGGGACUGGCUCGCAUGGCAGCACAUCUGCAUUAUGUCUCUUGCUAUAAGGGCACAAGGCGACAGACAGCUAAUCCUCCGUGUCCGGUCAAGACUUGGCACUCAGACUACUGAGAGUUUGAUUACCAACUGGACUGACAGACUGACAGAAGUGUGUGAGAGGAGCCAGCUAGAGGGAUAUAUAAGACGUCCUGGAGUAUCUGACCGUAAUUCUUGUUGACGGUGGAAAGAUGACAUCCAAGUCAUCCAGGCUGGGCAGACCAUCGGCAGGGUCCAAGCAGCCCUCUCAGAGGAAGGAUUGCCCGGUGGGUAACCGCUCCUGUAUGCUGCGGGUCGGGGAGAGGCUGAUGAGGGCUGGGAGUGAGGGGAACCUACAUGUAGUGAGACCCAAACCUGUCCAGCAGACACCCCUGGAGGAAGGACACCAACAGUCCAGCUCCAUCACACCCAAAGAGUUAGGAAACAACAACCAGAGAGACUCAUCACCUGAGGAUGUAGAGCAUUUACACAGGCAGCAGACUGUAGCGAACCAGAACCACCACUCUGAGCCACACUCCCCCAGCACAGUCCCCAGGAGGUACACCAUCGGAGGGCAAGGGCCCCACGGUGCCAGAAACCCCCUGACAAUGAAACACGCUGACGUAGAGAGGAAGAAAGAGGUGUUCCUGGAGCACCUGAAGCAGAGGUAUCCUCACCAUGCUGCUGUCAUCAUGGGCCAUCAGGACCGCCUCAGAGACCAUGCCAGGAGCCCCCAGCACUCUGCCAGCCCCCCGCCCGGAAUAGGGGAGCAGCUUGAGCACCUCUCGUUGGCCUCUCUGGAGUCUCUGGAGACCAUGUCAGAGGGAGACGGUCGAGCCACCUUCACCCGUGGCUGCCAGGCACGGGCCAGCCUGCCGGUGGUCCGCUCUGCCAACCAGACCAGGGACAGAUCAUUAGGUGUGCUGUACCUGCAGUACGCAGAGGAAACCAAGCAGAUCCGGAUGCCCAAUGAGAUUACCAGCAUAGACACAAUCAGGGCUCUGUUUGUUAGUGCUUUCCCCCAGCAGCUCACCAUAAAGAUGCUGGAGUCUCCCAGUGUAGCUGUGUACAUCAAAGAUGAAACCAGGAACAUGUACCACGAGCUAACUGAUGUCAGAAAUAUUACAUCUCGAUGCUGUCUGAAGGUGUACCACAAAGACCCUGCACAUGCCUUCAAUCGCAGCAACGCAAGGCCUAACAAUGCUGAGGGCAGGAUACCAAGGGAGAUACUGUAUGGAAGUCAUAGCCCUGUGCACACUUUACAAUCCACCUGCAGUCCUGUCCACUCCAUACAGGGGUCCAUGUCUCCCCCCACGGUCCGCUCCAUGCCCUCCUCUCCCUCCAGGAUCCCCUACGGCCCCAGAGCUGGGGGAGGGGUGCCAGGCAGUGCCACCCUCCCCAGGGCCGGUAUGUCCAGUGGGCCCCCCAGCAGGUCCGUCACACCCUCCCCCAGUGCCAUCCUGGAGAGAAGAGACGUCAAACCUGACGAGGACCUGAGCAGUACAAGUAUGGCGCUGGUGCGUGCCGACGGGUUGUAUGUCAACGUCACUGACCCCUACGCUGUCCAGGAGGGCCGGCUAAGUAUCGCCUCCUCCCAGGGGGGCGGCCACACGGGAGACAUGGUCGACAUAGGUGGUGGUAGCCUCCACCGAGCCUUGGUCAAGUCCACAGCCUCCUAUACAGAGAACCCGGAGCAGCAGCACUCCCUCUACAGGCAGAAGUCUCGGAGGUACGGGGAAAGCCAGGGGCCACUCGGCACCAAAACCCCGCCCCCUUCCCCUCACAGAUUGAACGACAACCACGGCCCUGUGGCCUCAGAGAGGGGCUCUCCUAUUCGCCGGUCUCUGCGGAAGGAGAGUAAUGGUAAUACAGUGGAGGUGGUGACCAGGACCAGGGGUAGUGUGUCCUCUGUGUCCUCCUCUCCUGUGUUCGUGGAGCUCCCCCCAGGGCACUAUGGGGACAGGCUGUUUCAGGGACACCUCACCCCAAAUGACCCCCAGACCAGUGAGCGAAUGAAGGCCAUGGAACAACAGAUUGCCAGUCUGGCUGGCCUUGUUCAGCAUGCACUUGCUAUUGGGCCAGCUGAGAUCGAUAGGAGGACUGCUUCUCCUUUCCAUGUCAACAACAGUGCAGGAGUGUCACCAGUUCCUGCAUCCAGAACCCCUGCCCUCUUUGCAGAUGGCUUCAAUGCUCUAGACCCUCAGGCCCCUUCCCCUGACUCCACCCUGCAGGUCACACUGACCACGGUCAGGAGGAACGUCACUGACCUCCGACAGCAGCUUCACCAACUCCGACAGCUACAGAUGCAGAACCAGGACAGUGUGAAGCGGAUGCUAAAGAGAGCAGAGGAGGAGCUAGCUGAGGUGAUGUCUGAGACCCUACAGAGACAACAGCAGGAGACCGAGCCUGGCCAGAGACAGAGGACCACGGUGGACGAGGAGAGACACAAGUACCAGGCCAUGGAGGAGAGAGUGCUGGCCCAGCUCAGGGAGCUGGAGGAGUAUGUGGACCGUCUGAGGAGAGACUCGUCCUCCGGCAAAGGUCAGCAGUCAGUCACCCUCAGGGACGUGGAGGAGGGAGCUGUCAACCUCAGGAGGGUGGGAGAGGCCUUGGCUGGACUUAAAGGUGAGUUCCCAAGCCUUCAUGGGAAGAUGCGGACGGUGCUGCGUGUGGAGGUGGAGGCGGUGCGCUUCCUGAAGGAGGAGCCUCUUAAGAUGGACAGCAUGCUUAAGAGGGUCAAAGCCCUGACAGAGGCUCUCAGCGGUCUCAGAAGAUGUGUCACAGAGAAUCAUCCUCACAAUCCCGAGCCUGGAGCAGCCAAAGCAGCCACAGCAGAGGGGGGUGUAGAGCCUGCCACUGCCCAGUCUGAACCCCUCCGGAAGAAUCUCCCCACCAUGGAAUCCCCCAAACCUCAGCCCAGGCCCUCUGUCAGACCACCCCAGCCACAGGUCAAGAACCCUGCAGGCAGGCCAGACACAGCCCCUACCUCACCUGACAUUGUCCACCGUGUGAAGAGCUCUCCCGUCAACAUGCAGCCUUGUCAGCACUCAGCGGCUCUGCCACACCACCCCAGCCCCCCACUGACCUCCACCCACGGUCGAGACUCCCCCACCGUGGCCAAGGUCAGUCCCCGCAGCCGGGACAACAGCCCGGCCCUGCAGAAGAGAAUAGUCCCUUGGUGUGGCGAUGGACCGGCCCCCACGGCCAGCAGCACUGAGACCACCUCACAACCACCUGGCUCAGAGGAGAUCCACACCAACAGGGGCAGCAUCAAACACAUCGUCAUGGAUGUUGAGACGGCAGAGAGUGAGCAGGACCUGGAGGAGGGGAGGUUACCACAGAACUCAGCAGCCACCUCUUCUGGGAGUGAGUUUGAGCAGAUUCUCCAGGAGGCCCAGGCCAGCCUGAUGAAGGCCAUACCUGACCUGGAGGUGACCGAGACAGGGAGAAGGGAGGCUCGGUCCUCCCCUCCACCCCUUACUCCAGACCAGCCAUCUCUCCCAGACCCAGAGCUUCCCCUCAACACUCCACUGCCAGACAAAGUAGAUGCCCCUCAACCUACUGAGGCAUCUCUUCCAGAACCCACUCAGCCAGCUGAUGUGGCUGCUGAGGUGACUGUUCAGGUCAGCCCUGAGCGACCACAUAAGUCUAUGGUUGAAAAGCCUCGCAGGCCCAGUGUGGAGAGAGAGAUGAAGAACAGCCCAGAGAAGUCAGGGAAGUCUCUUCCACCACCCCCACCACAGAGGUUCUUCCCUUCACUGUCAGGCCCAGGGCUGACCACAGGGAGGUCUGGAGAAGUCAUCUUUACUACCAGGAAGGAAGCCGCCACCGCCCAGGAUGAUGAAGAGGUGGUGGUCCCUCAACCCAGUCCCAAACCCACCAGACAGCCCCCAGAGGUCAAGCCCAAGCCCCAAACCACUCCUGUUUUUAUAGCCUCAGUUGAGCCAGGGGAAAAGGAGGAUGAAGAAGAGGAUGAUGAUGAUGAGGAGGAGGAUAAAUUCAUGAAGGAACUACAGGUGUUUCAGAAGUACACUCUUAGAGAUGUAAGCACAAAGUGUGUCAUAGACCUUACAAGCACUGCAUCUCAAGUCAGACAGAUAGAGCCAGAACUCUCCCUCUCACCCAAAGACCCAAAGCAGAGUCAGGAGAACAAGGGUAAAGAGAAAAGUGUGCUCAACACUGAUGAAAACAGAUUUGACAUUGUUCCAAAGAGUCCCAGGGUCAUGUAUUAUGUCACAGGACAGUUAUCCAAUGAGAAGCCUCCAUCGGGAAAAACAGACCAAUCGGAAGGCAGGGAGGGAACAUUGUCCCCCUCACAGGUGGCAAACUCAAAUACAUUUGACUCCCAGCAGCCAGAGUUACUAAUAGCAGACACGUCACCUCUGGUAUCAUGUAACUCAGUGCUGGAAAGCCAAGAUUGUCCUCCUAAUACACAGAAGAUAGCAGUUGGAGAAGAUAGUGGGAAGGAGAGCCUCGUUGAUGAGAAUGUCCGGAAGGAUCCUGUUCAGAGUCAGAAAGUGGGGGUAGUUGAACCUGUGUCUCCUCCAAUACCUGCAGAGAAGCAGGACAUAUCUGAACCCUCUCAGCAAGACUGUUAUCUUACUAACAGUAAACCAUCAUCUUCGUCAUCAUCACCACCACUUCCACUAUCAUCAUCUUCACCGCCACCAGUACCAGUAAUCCAAUUUGUGAGUAGUACAGGCCAAGAGGUUUCAGGUAGUCCAGGGUCUCCACCAGAGAGCAGGGGCCUGGGUGACAGCCAGAGCCAGCAGGUAGUGUUGAGGUCCUCCAGAAGCAGAGCACCACGGUAUGUAGAGGAGGGCAGCAGCCUGAGCCCUGACCUCCCAGAUGAGGAGGGCCCUCCUCCCCCUGAGAACAUCUCCUUCAUGAUGAUCACCAGCAACAGAGUGCAGGCUCUGUCCACUGGGGAGUACCAGGAGAUAGUGAAUGGUACCAGCAUGUCCGAGGUUCAGACCGUCAGUGUGGGGAACGACACCACCAGUAUCAGCCAGGAGCACAGUGGCUUCGACAGGAAGCCUGUGAUUAUCAUAUUCGACGAGCCCAUGGACAUCCGGUCGGCCUACAAGCGUAUGUCCACCAUCUUUGAGUGUGAGGAGGAGCUGGAUAGGCUGCUGCACCAGGAGAGCAUCAAGGAGGAAGCAGAGGAGGCAGGAUCAGAGAAGAGUGUACCUCAGGUAAAGCCUAAUACUUAUCUACAUCAGGCAAACAAGACAGCAGUGACAGGAAACACUGCAACCAGUCACAAUAAUACUCCUGCUGUGGUUGCGCAACAGAAGAGUACAGCAGAGUGCUCAUUGCCAGAACUGUCUAAAACAGAGCCCUCAAACACCAGCAAACCAGAAGCCAAAAAGAAGUUCAAAUUCAAGUUCCCCAAAAAUAAGCUGGCGGCCAUCAGCCAGGCGAUUCGCACUGGGACCAAAACAGGGAAGAAGACACUUCAGGUGGUGGUCUAUGAGGACGAGGAGGAGUGGGACGGACACAUGAAUGAGGCCGAAAGGUUUGAGAUCAACAGCAGUAGCAUACCACAAACUGACUUUAGUCACCUCACCUCUGUGGAUAACAUCACGUCACCAAGCACUCUCACCAGGUCAAACUCUAAACGCAGAACAGAGGAGAUCUGUAAGAAUGCCUACGACUCCAUAACCAGUCUAGAGGAGACCAUUAAACAGCUGGAGAUCACUGUGGACAAUAUAAGCCCAGCAGCGGCUAACACAGACGCCUGUGAAGAGUCUCCAGCCACAGUGAAAUCCCAACGAGAGAGGGAGGGCAGUCCCUCCAAGAGGCCUGCCCCUCCUCAGGUCUCAAAGUUCCUGAAGCAUCCUCAGAGUAAGAAGUCCAAACCAGAGCUUCCCAGGCCAUCCAUCACAAGCAGCUCCAAGAAACAGAAUACCAGUGGCUCUCCUUCGAGUCAGAUGUCACUUUCUGUGUCUGCAAAGUCCUGGCAGCAACCAGCCGGGUCAGCUGACAAACCAGGAGGAAAAACUCAGAAGCUCCAGGCCAAUCAGAAGCAGUUUCCACAGGCUAACAGAAGUGCUGAGAAAGCUGGUGGGGAUAGUAACCAUUAUUUCCUUGCUUUACCUGCUUCUAAGAUCCCAGCCUUUUGUCAUAGCUCUGGAAAAAAUAUGUCAUUGCCCGGUCCAAACACUGUGUCUAACCCUAUUAAAUCACCUUCCUCCUCCCCGUCCUCCUCACACAAAUCUUUCAUCCCGUCUCUUAAUCUGAGUCGUCUCGUCCCUCCUAGCCCUUCUCUCAAUGACAGACGUCAAAAUCUUUCGCUCUCAUCACAACCCCAAAAUGGCCGACCCAGCCCUUUCUCUCACUGCUCAUCUUCCUCUUCCUCCUCCACCUCCCCCUCUUCCAACUCCUCCUCUUUGUCCCCCACAUCCACGUCCUCCACCUCCUCCUCCCCUCCCUCUCCUUCCCUCCUCUCUCCGACUGCCAUGAGUCAAGGUGCGAGGAGUAUCCACCGCAUUGCACAUAUACCCAGCUUCACCGGACACAAGAUGCAAGGUGGAUACAGCAGCAAAACCACACAUACACCAGCAGCUUCUUUGUCCAAGGACAUAUGAUUAUCUUUUUAUAUCUAUAUGUAACAAAGUUAAGAACGUACCGUAAGCUCAUGCCACAGCUUGCUUGAAAUGUUGCAGAUGGAGCCAUCCAAUUUGUACAUUUUGGGUGGCUCAACACGUUGGAACAUUGUCAAGGAGAACGGUUAUAUGUGUUGCGAAGCAGAGGAUCACUGGUUCAAACCCAGUAUGGGGCAGCAGCACACAGACCCCUGUUACAUAACAGUAUAUGAAGUAUAGUGGAGGGAAGUGCUGUUUUCAUGGCAACCUAAUACAAUUGCAGGGCAUUCUCUCAUUUCUCUCUAGCUUUGAUAAGUUUUUGAUCAUGAUCAAUUUGAGUUCACAUACAAAAACAGAGAAUAGCGUGAGCUGGUUUUCAUUCCAUGCUCCCUUUGAGAAAGGGGACCUUUUUUAAUUUCUGCUUCAGUUUAUGGGUUGUUCCACGAAAAGAGCGCCUUUUGCGUCCCUUUGAUAUUUUAAAUAGAAAGUGUGCACCAGUAUUGAAUUGUAAAAGCCUGUUAUAUUAAAUGAAGUGCCCUUUAAUAUAGACUCCAUGGAGAAUUCAAUGUUUAAAAAAAAAUAUGAAUAAAGAUUUGCUAAAGUGCCAAUUCAGCAUUUUGACAUGUUCCUCCAUCAACCCUGUGUCACUUCUAGGAAGAUUUCAACCCACUUAAUCCAAAGAUUUCUCCAUCAUUUCACCAUCAUUGUAAAGCCCUAGUUGUUGCUUUGACAGUCAUAUCUGAAAAGUGUUUUUUAUUUCAUGUGAUUAGUGAUUCGAUGGGCCAGUAACCAAAAGGUAGCUGUUUCGAAUCCCCGAGCUGACUAGGUGUCUGUGCCCUUGAGCAAGGCGCUUAACCCUAAUUGCUCCUGUAAGUCGCUCUGGAUAAGAGCGUCUUCUAAAAGACAAAACAUUUACAUUUUAAGGUCAAUCCUGUUACAUUAACUGAAAUCUGUUUUUAAUAUGGUGAAACUAUUCCUUUAAAAAAAAAAUGUAACAUAGUCAAAUCAUAGUGUAAAAGCAGGUGAGCCGUUUCUACUCUUUUUGGCCAUUUUCUGGUGUUUUGUGGUGGAAAACUGAAUGGGUCGAGCAAAACGCAUAGAUAAGACAGGCUAGAAAUGUUUAAGCUAUUUCAUUGUUUUUGUGAAGCUUGCAUUUAAUUGCCGCUCCCUGUUGCACACAACAAACGUACAUUCCCCCUAUCACAAGGGGAUUUAUGGAUGAUUUAAGAUGAAAUGUUACUUUAUUUGGCACAUAAUAGGGUCUCUUUUUUUACGUGAACUUGUUUUUUAUGAAGUUAAAUUUGCAUUUUAUGACCGAAUGUAAAAAUUUAGUGAAAUCAACAUUUUUUUUUUCUUCCAAGUUACAAUUCUCAAAAGGCACCGAAUUGGUGGAACGACCCUGUUGUAUGAUGAUAACCAUAUUCACAAGAUAACUACAUGCUUUACAAAUGAUCAACACCAAACGGUGCAAACAUUCUAGAGUUAAUGCUAAUGUAGUUUAGUGGUGCUGGAAAUCUAGUUACAUUUUUAUUGAUGUGAGAAAUCUGUGAUUUUAACAGAUGGUGUUAUAUUUUAUACGAAUUUGAGUGACACUUAAUAAUAUAAAGAUUUGAUCUAAAAUAACAAUUUAUGUAAAGAAAUCAAAUCAUUUAUUUACAUUUUUAUGGUGGAUAGAGGUAUAGGUGGAGACUUUCAUCUAGCAUCAGUCAUUCAGAUGUCAUCUCUCUUAUGCAAUGAUCUUAGAUGUGUAAAGUUGUGCGAGUGGAACUUCGAAGAACAAAAUGCUUGGUGAUCUCUUAAGCUUCCGAUGCACUGCCAAAUCCUUUGAGCCAACAAGAUAGCGACUGUACAUGCAAAAUAAUGUUUAGAGGCCUUUUAUGGCAGUAGAUGUACUAACAUGCUUGUACUAAAGUGUUUGGUUUGCAGAUCUUGUAUCUAAGACAUGCGCUAUGUGGACAUUGUAAUGUUUACCUUUGGGAUGGCAACUGACUUAUAUUCAUAUUAGUAACUGGUGUUUACAUUCAUAAUUAGUGACAGAAGUUUACAUGCAAGUGUAUGUAUUUAAGAGGGUUUUGUCUUCAGAAAAGUAUUUUAACUUGCCAAACUUCACUCCUAUGCAUGCCUUUUUAGAGAUUUUAGAUAUUUAUCUGUCAUGUUAGAAAACUAUUGUUUGCACAACUUUGUAAAUAUUUAGUGUUCUCUGAUUUUGUAAACCAUGUUGUAAAAAGAUAUUGUAGAAUUUAAUGCUUUUGAGGUUGAGAAACUAAUAAAGGGCUUUCUGUUAGUGA